GCUCUUGGGGGGUGGGUAGUACAUGGUACAUGGUAUGUUGUAGAAGAUACAAAAGGGAAACCAGAGGCUUGGGCAACAGGAGAGGGGAAGUUGGCAGGGCGGCAGGGCCAUGAGGACUGUGUUCCUACUCCUCUCUGAGCAUCAUUACCCUCGGUGCCGCUCUUCUGCCGUCCAGGCAGUGCCUCCUCUUCCUCCAUGUGGGAAGGAAAGCCUUCAUGUUAGUGGCUAAACCCCCACCCACUCCCCCGCAGUCUGCAGGGGCCCAAGAUGGAGCCUGCAGGACUCUCCCUAGUCUUGUCUGGGAGGAAAGCAAAACCCAAGUGGAAAAAUACAUUCCUUUACAUACAACAACAUGCAUUCGCUCUACACUCAUUACGGGCCAGGCAGUGUGUGGAAGUACAAAGACAAGAAAUGUAGAACUUCUACCCUGAAGAAACUUGGAUUUGACUAAAGCCUCAGCUUUCUGUGUGUAUGAUCUGAUCGGAACCUCCAACUCCAAGAGGUACCACAAAUACCGUUAUCCCCAUUAUGUAGAUGAAGAAAUGGAGGCACAGAGAGGUUACAUAUUUCACUGGUGACUACCUCUAAGUCAGGAAUCUAUUGCUUAAGAGCAGUGGCUCUCAAACUUUUGUCUUCAUAGUCUUUAUACUAUUAAAAAUUACUGAGGAUCUGUUCAGAUUGAAAAUUUUUUUCAAUAUGGGUAAUAUUUAUAGAUAUUUACUAUGUUAGAAAUAAAAACUAACUUUAAAUUUGAAGACUCUGAAAGAAUUUCAGAGAUCUCUAGAUCACGCUUUGAGAACCACUGCUUAAGAGGGUAUAGGUGAAAAAUAAAAAAAGUGUAUAGGUGAAAAAGAAUAAGAGUGUAUAGGUGAAAAAGAAAAAAAGAGUAUAGGUAAAAAAGAAAAAAAAAGUGUAUAGGUACACUGUACAAGAUCAAAAUAUUGGGACAAAAGCCGAUCCACAAUUUUAAAAAAGAUUGAACUCAGCAAUAACAUGCUAACUCAGUGUGCUUUUAUAAAUAUCUGGCAGGACACAGUGCACAGGUUGUCCCUCUCCCCCUCUUCACAGUAAGUUUUGGCCCUUGGAAAUAUUACAUGACGUCUUGGUGAUUCUCCUUGGUGCAAGUAGCUAACCUGAUGAUGUAGAAAAGAAACAAAUUAGAGGAGUCUAUAACAUAUCAUAAGGCCAAAUGAAUUAAUAGCCCAGAAAAUUGUAACUGAGGGGCCUUGUGGGUAACUAAGAUAUAGAGAUGUGCAGAUCUGGAGCCAGGAGCAAAGAGAGAAACUAAUACAUUCAAGGUCAGGACGAUGGGAAUAACAGAGAGAAAUGAGAACAAUGCCUACUUAUAUAUCACUGUCAUGAGAAAGAAAAAGGGAGGCUUGUCCUGACGUUGUAUGUUACAGAUUAGAGCAGGCACACAAGAAAUUUAUUGCAUUUGACUUUUGCUUCCUUGAGUGGAUGAAUGAUGUCGUUUCUAACACGCUGUACCAUGUAUUGAUGAGUAGUGCUACUCAAUUUAGAUUGUUUUUCCUGGAUAUGUGAAGGACUUUUAAUGCAGAAACUCUGGGGCAUGGUUACUGCACUUCUGCAGAAGAAGAGCAGUAAAGAAAUUGAUUUGUCUACAUCCGUGGUUGCCAGCAGCUCAUCCCCACCUGUCUUCCUGAAGGGUCUCUCUGACCUGGAGGUCAUGGAUGGCAGCCAAGUAGUCAUGACAGUACAGAUAUCAGGAAACCCACUACCUAAUAUUCUCUGGCUUCAUAAUGGGAAGGAGAUCCAGGAGUCAGAGGACUUCCAUUUUGAACAAAAUGGCAAUGAGCACAGCCUCUGCAUCCAAGAAGUGUUCCCUGAGGACACUGGCAGGUACACCUGUGAAGCUUGGAACAGCCUUGGUCAAGUCCGAAGUCACGCCGUGCUCACUGUGCGAGAACCUCAGGACGGCACUCAGCCCUGGUUCAUCAGCAAGCCUCGUUCGGUGACGGCCGCCCCGGGCCAGAACGUGCUCAUCUCCUGCGCCAUUGCCGGGGACCCCUUCCCGACGGUGCAGUGGCUCCGGGACGGCCAGGAGCUCUCCAGAGAGGCGGGCUCCUCGGAGGUGCUGCAAAAUGAAGACGUGUUCACCUUGGUGCUGAAGGAGGUCCAGCCCUCCCACGCGGGCCAGUAUGAGAUCCGGCUCAAGAACCGGGUGGGAGAAUGCAGCUGCCAGGUGUCCCUGAUGCUUCGGGAGGGUCCUUCUGGGGCCCUGGGAGAGGCCAUCCCCACUCGACCGAGGAAGGAGCCUGCCAGCUGUGAAGGGCUUGCCGGAGGAGGAGGAGGCAUUGGCAGUGGUGAUGGCCAUCAUGGCACACUAAGACCCCUGGGCCUGGGGGGUGGGCUGAGCUGGAGACCUGAGCAGGAGGCCGAGGACGUGCGGGGGGUGCUGAAGAGGCGAGUGGAGACCCGGGAGCACACCGAGGACCGACUUCGACAGCAGGAAGUGGAACAGCUGGACUUCCGAGACCUCCUGGGCAAGAAGGUGUGCACCAAGGCUCUGUCGGAAGAAGAGCUGAAGGAGAUCCCGGCCGAGCAGAUGGAUUUCCGCGCCAACUUGCAGCGGCAAGUGAAGCCAAAAACACUAUCUGAGGAGGAGAGGAAGGUGCACAGCCCUCAGCAGGUCGACUUCCGCUCUGUGUUGGCCAAGAAGGGGGGUCCCAAGGCCCCUGUGCUGGAGAAAGCAGCACCUCCCAAGCCAGCCACCCCAGAUUUCCGCUCCGUGCUUGGCAACAAGAAGAAGCUCCCUGCCGAGAACGGCAGCACCAGCACCGAGCCCCUGAAUGCCAAAGCGGGAGAGAAUGCCAAGCUGGUGGAGAACACCAGGCUGAUAGGCAACGCCGAGUCAGCCGAGGCCCAGAAGCCUUCGGGGGAUGCCAGGGCAGCCGAUGCCCAAAGAGUCGAAGCGAAGAAGCCUGUGGGGGAGCCCCCAAAACCAGCAGGGAAAGAGGAGCUGAAGAAUGAGGUCGUCAAUGAUGUGAACUGCAGACGGGCCUGCGCAGGCCCCCCGGACAGGGAGAAGGGUGCAGAAAGGAAAGGCACCCCCCCCAGCUUCACACAGACGCUCCAGGACUUGCGUGUGGCAGAGGGCAAAAAGCUUUUCCUUCAGUGCCAGGUUGCAUCCGAACCACCGGCCAUCAUUACUUGGACGCUGGAUGGCAAGACCCUCAAGACCACGAAGUUCAUCAUCCUGGCCCAGGAAGGCUCACUGUGUUCUGUCACCAUUGAGAAAGCGAUGCCUGAAGACACCGGUGUGUACAAAUGUGUAGCCAAGAAUGCCGCUGGUCAAGCGGAGAGCUCUUGCCGUGUGACUGUGGAUGAUGCUCCACAUAGUCAGAUGAAGUCUCGACGGUCUAAGAGCUCAGUCCCUCCUGUCCUCGGAACUGAAAGUGAUGCAACAGUGAAAAAGAAACCAGCCCCCAAGACUCCUCCGAAGGCAGCUCUUCCCCCUCAGAUCAUCCAGUUCCCUGAGGAUAAAAAGGUUCGAGCUGGAGAAUCCGUAGAAUUGUUCUGUAAAGUUGCAGGCACCCAGCCUAUCACUUGCACUUGGAUGAAGUUCCGAAAGCAGAUCCAAGAAAGUGAGCACAUCAAGAUUGAGAGCAAUGAGAACAGCAGCAAGCUGACCAUCCUGGCCACCAGGCAGGAGCACUGUGGCUGCUACACGCUCCUGGUGGAGAACAAGCUAGGCGCCAAGCAGGCUCAAGUCAAUGUCACCGUGGUGGAUAAGCCAGACCCCCCAGCAGGCACCCCCUGCGCCUCAGAUAUUCGGAGCUCAUCCCUGACCCUGUCGUGGUACGGCUCUUCCUAUGAUGGGGGCAGCGCUGUGCUGUCCUACAGUGUGGAGAUCUGGGACUCGGGGGACAAAGAGUGGAAAGAAUUGACUACCUGCCGCAGCACCUCCUUUAGCGUCCAGGACUUGUUGCCAGACCGAGAGUACAAGUUUCGCGUUCGGGCAAUCAAUGUAUAUGGAACCAGUGAACCCAGCCAAGAGUCAGAGCUCACCACAGUGGGAGAAAAACCUGAAGAACCUAAGGAUGAAGUGGAACUGUCAGAUGAUGAUGAGAAGGAGCCCGAGGUAGACUACCGGACAGUGACAAUCAACACUGAACAAAAAGUUGCUGAUUUCUAUGACAUCGAGGAGAGAUUAGGAUCUGGGAAAUUUGGACAAGUCUUUCGACUUGUUGAAAAGAAAACUGGAAAAAUUUGGGCAGGGAAAUUCUUCAAGGCAUAUUCUGCAAAAGAUAAAGAGAAUAUCCGGCAGGAGAUUGACAUCAUGAACUGUCUACACCACCCUAAGCUUGUGCAAUGUGUUGAUGCCUUUGAGGAGAAAGCCAACAUCGUCAUGGUCUUGGAAAUUGUAUCUGGGGGCGAGUUAUUUGAGCGGAUCAUCGAUGAGGACUUUGAGCUGACUGAACGGGAGUGUAUCAAGUACAUGAAACAGAUUUCGGAAGGUGUGGAAUAUAUACACAAGCAGGGUAUUGUCCACCUUGACCUUAAACCUGAGAACAUCAUGUGUGUCAACAAGACUGGGACUAGGAUCAAGCUCAUUGACUUUGGACUGGCCAGGAAACUAGAGAACGCAGGCUCCUUGAAGGUCCUCUUUGGUACCCCUGAGUUCGUUGCCCCUGAAGUGAUCAACUAUGAGCCAAUUGGCUAUGCCACAGACAUGUGGAGCAUUGGAGUCAUCUGCUACAUCCUGGUCAGUGGACUUUCCCCUUUCAUGGGUGACAAUGACAACGAGACCUUAGCAAAUGUUACCUCGGCCACCUGGGACUUCGACGACGAAGCAUUUGAUGAAAUUUCUGAGGAUGCCAAGGACUUUAUCAGCAACUUACUGAAAAAGGAUAUGAAGAACCGCCUGGACUGCACCCAGUGCCUUCAACAUCCAUGGCUCAUGAAAGACACCAAAAAUAUGGAAGCCAAGAAGCUAUCCAAAGAUCGGAUGAAAAAGUACAUGGCAAGAAGAAAAUGGCAGAAAACAGGCAAUGCUGUGAGAGCAAUAGGAAGACUGUCCUCUAUGGCAAUGAUCUCUGGACUCAGUGGUAGAAAGUCUUCCAUGGGGUCACCAACCAGCCCUCUAAAUGCAGAAAAACUUGAAACAGAAGAAGAUGUCUCCCAAGCUUUCCUUGAGGCAGUUGCUGAAGAGAAGCCCCACGUCAAGCCUUACUUCACUAAGACCAUUCUUGACAUAGAGGUGGUGGAGGGAAGCGCUGCUAGAUUUGAUUGCAAGAUAGAAGGGUACCCAGACCCUGAGGUCGUCUGGUUCAAAGAUGACCAAUCCAUCAGGGAAUCUCGCCAUUUCCAGAUUGACUACGAUGAGGACGGGAACUGCUCUUUAAUUAUCGCUGAUGUUUGUGGGGAUGAUGAUGCCAAAUACACCUGCAAAGCUGUCAACAGCCUGGGAGAAGCCACCUGCACUGCUGAGCUUAUUGUGGAAACCAUGGGGAAAGAAGGGGAAGGAGAAGGAGAGGGUGAAGAGGAGGAAGAAGAGGAAGAGUAACAGAAGGCUACCAAGAAAGAGCCUUUUCCAAAUUCUAUUAUAAAGACUUUCUGUAAAGUUCAGGAAAAAAGAAAAACCAAAAUAUUCAAACCACCUAGUGUGAUAGAUUAUGUAUUUAGGUCAUUUGGGGGUUGAUUCUUCAGCAUGAUCAGUUGAUACCUCUCAGCUUUAUUUAUGGGCAUUAAUCUGAAUUAGCAGGCACCUUAACAUGCCAGAAUGGCUAGUUUUAGAGUAGAAAAGCCAUCUAAUCAUCUGCCUGACCAAUUUGGUUUUUUAUUUAAUUUGAAAAAACAAAUUAACCAAAAUCUUUUUUUUUUCUGUGUCUGACUUCGCAAACAAAACAACAGAAUACCUUAUAACCAAUAUGUAUAGUUAAGCAAAAUAAAUUCCCAUAUUGGCAAUAUCUAAAACAUACAGAAUGGUCCCAAAGUCUUGGUGCAGUUUUAAGUUGUAAGAUACAAGACUUUGGAGACAAACCUGUAUGUCUCAUUCAGGAUGCCCCAAUCCUUCACUGUUCUGUCAGGAGGUGAGCAGCAUGCUUUAUCACUGGUCCUGUGGAAUCAUGUUUUGAUCAUUUGUUUUUCUAGGGAAAAGAAUGAAAACAACUUACCUAAACUGUAUCUCUAAGAUAAACACACACACCUCCUUCCCGCCUUUAGAUCUUUUAUGACAACUCAGAUUGUAGUCUGGGUCCUGACCAAGACCAUAGCUUCAAAAGUGGCUUCUAAGUUCUUUGUGGAUUUCUGAGGUUUCUUCAUGCCAUGACACCAUGACACCAGGGGCAGUAGACCAGAUUUCUUGUCUACUAAUGCAGCCCUUUGUUUUGGAACCAAUAGAGCUAUUUGAAAUUUGAGGUAAAUGUUAUUUGUACGUGUGCUACUGCACCUGAGACCUUUAAUUCCUCUUCAUUUCUUUUCCAAGUUCCCUAGGAUAAGAACUUAAGUGUUCUAUUUAGCCCUGAGAUCAGUGCGGUACAUCACUUCCCUCUAGAAAGUAUCUUGCCUUCCUUGGAAAAAUACAAUGUCCUUUCGUCCUAUCAAGUGGGGAAAAAAAUCUUUUUCUUUCCUUACAAGUGUGUGUAAUAGCUUCAGUUAUUAUUGCAAGAAGUAAGCAUAACUUAAGGAGGAGGAAACUAAAAUGCUGGCCAAGAAAUCUCUUCAUAAAUAAGGAGUCAGAUAUGUGCUAUUUAGCAGUUAUCAAUCAAUCAGUCAGGCACAUAUAAAGAUUUUUGCACUGGAAUGUUUAAAAAUCAGUUUGGUAAAAAAGUUGUUUUCUAUCAUCAUCAUUAUUUAUUUGGCCACUAUGAAAUAGAUCUCAACUGAUGACUUAGCUGUAGACCAUCAUGUACUUUGAAAUCACCUUCAAAAGUAGUCUUAGAGUUGAAUUAUUCUUUUAUUCCAAACACUUUCCAAAGAAGUUUGUGUACCUUAUAUGUUCCACAAUGUUUUUCAUUUUGAAUGUGCAACAACCCCCCCCCAAAAAAAAAAAAAAAAAAAAAAAUACCAAA